UGUCUUUGGUAUUGACAAUUGCCAAAUCAGCCCGACUGGCCCUUCUGUUAGAAAUUCUGUAUAAAAUCUUUUAAUUCGAUUUUCUGAAUGGGUGUCUAACUGGAUUGUAAGAUUUCGCUUAUGCACAUAGUCUUAGGUCACUGCAUGUCUUACUGAUCUAAGAUAUGGCGACAUAUGAGGAGUUUAUUCAGCAAAACGAAGACCGCGAUGGCAUACGGUUCACCUGGAACGUGUGGCCGUCGAGCAGGAUCGAGGCAACGCGGCUGGUGGUGCCCCUGGCCUGCUUGUACCAGCCAUUGAAAGAACGACCAGAUCUGCCUCCAAUUCAGUAUGAGCCGGUCCUGUGCACCAGGAACACCUGCCGCGCUGUACUGAACCCGAUGUGCCAGGUCGAUUACAGAGCCAAAUUGUGGGUGUGCAACUUCUGUUUCCAAAGAAAUCCUUUCCCCCCGCAAUAUGCAGCCAUAUCCGAACAGCACCAACCAGCUGAGCUCAUCCCAAACUUCUCAACGAUCGAGUAUACAAUCACUCGCGCUCAGACAAUGCCUCCCAUUUAUCUGCUGGUGGUUGAUACUUGUAUGGAUGAGGAGGAAUUGGGAGCUUUGAAGGACUCUCUGCAGACGUCACUUAGUUUGAUGCCGCAGAAUGCACUAGUUGGUCUUAUUACAUUUGGCCGUAUGGUACAGAUUCAUGAGUUAGGUACUGAAGGCAUUUCCAAGUGCUAUGUUUUUAAAGGAACCAAAGACUUGACUGCCAAGCAAAUUCAAGAGCAGCUGGCGAUUGGCCGCGUCAACGCGCCCAACACCCAGCAACGUCCCGGCACCCAGGCGCCGACGCCCCCGGCCCACCGCUUCCUCCAACCUGUCAAACAAUGCGACAUGGCCUUGACUGACUUACUCGGCGAGCUCGGACGGGAUCCUUGGCCUCUAGGAGUAGGAAAGAGACCUUUGAGAAGCAGCGGUGUUGCUCUCUCAUUGGCUGUCGGAUUAUUAGAAGUCACUUAUCCUAACACUGGAGCUAGAAUCAUGAUGUUCCUUGGCGGCCCAUGCUCCCAAGGCCCCGGUCAGGUGGUCAAUGAUGAGCUGAAGCAGCCAAUCCGCUCGCAUCACGACAUUCACAAGGAUAACGCCAAGUACAUGAAGAAGGCUAUCAAACAUUAUGAAGCGUUGUCUUUCCGAUCGGCGACGAAUGGCCACUCCAUCGAUAUUUACUCGUGCGCGCUGGAUCAGACCGGGCUGAUGGAGAUGAAACAGUGUUGUAAUUCAACUGGAGGACAUAUGGUGAUGGGUGACUCGUUUAACUCUUCACUCUUCAAGCAAACCUUCCAACGUGUUUUCGCAAAAGACCAGAAGAAUGACUUCAAAAUGGCGUUCAAUGGCACUUUAGAAGUCAAGUGCAGCCGAGAAUUAAAAAUAAGCGGCGCAAUCGGCUCUUGCGUGUCACUGAACGUGAAAGGACCCUGCGUGUCCGAUCAGGAAGUGGGCAUGGGGAACACGAGCCAGUGGAAACUGUGCACCUUCACGCCUAGCACCACCAUGGCCAUCUUCUUCGAGGUGGUGAAUCAGCAUGCGGCGCCGGUGCCUCAGGGCGGGCGCGGCUGCGUGCAGCUCAUCACGCAGUACCAGCACUCGAGUGGCCAGCGGCGCGUACGGGUCACGACUGUGGCACGCAACUGGGGCGACGCCGCGGUGAACCUGCCGCACAUCGCGGCCGGCUUCGACCAGGAGGCCGCGGCCGUGGUGAUGGCGCGCCUCGUGGUGUACCGCGCCGAGCAGGAGGACGGGCCCGACGUGCUGCGCUGGCUCGACCGCAUGCUCAUCCGCCUGUGUCAAAAGUUCGGCGAGUACGCAAAGGAUGAUCCGAACAGUUUCCGACUUUCAGAGAACUUCAGUCUGUACCCGCAGUUCAUGUACCAUUUGCGUCGCUCCCAGUUCCUGCAAGUGUUCAAUAACUCGCCCGACGAGACCACGUUCUAUAGGCACAUGUUGAUGCGCGAGGAUCUGACCCAGUCGUUGAUCAUGAUCCAGCCGAUCCUGUACUCGUACAGUUUCGGCGGCCCGCCCGAGCCCGUGCUGCUGGACACCUCGUCCAUCCAGCCCGACCGCAUCCUGCUCAUGGACACCUUCUUCCAGAUCCUUAUAUACCACGGCGAGACGAUAGCGCAAUGGCGCGCCCUCCGCUACCAAGACAUGCCGGAGUACGAGAGCUUCGCGCAGCUGCUGCGAGCGCCCGUGGACGACGCGCAGGAGAUCCUGCAGAGCCGCUUCCCCGUGCCGCGGUACAUCGACACCGAGCACGGGGGCUCCCAGGUGAGCUUGUUACAAUGGCGCGCCCUCCGCUACCAAGACAUGCCGGAGUACGAGAGCUUCGCGCAGCUGCUGCGAGCGCCCGUGGACGACGCGCAGGAGAUCCUGCAGAGCCGCUUCCCCGUGCCGCGGUACAUCGACACCGAGCACGGGGGCUCCCAGGUGAGCUUGUUACAAUGGCGCGCCCUCCGCUACCAAGACAUGCCGGAGUACGAGAGCUUCGCGCAGCUGCUGCGAGCGCCCGUGGACGACGCGCAGGAGAUCCUGCAGAGCCGCUUCCCCGUGCCGCGGUACAUCGACACCGAGCACGGGGGCUCCCAGGUGAGCUUGUUACAAUGGCGCGCCCUCCGCUACCAAGACAUGCCGGAGUACGAGAGCUUCGCGCAGCUGCUGCGAGCGCCCGUGGACGACGCGCAGGAGAUCCUGCAGAGCCGCUUCCCCGUGCCGCGGUACAUCGACACCGAGCACGGGGGCUCCCAGGUGAGCUUGUUACAAUGGCGCGCCCUCCGCUACCAAGACAUGCCGGAGUACGAGAGCUUCGCGCAGCUGCUGCGAGCGCCCGUGGACGACGCGCAGGAGAUCCUGCAGAGCCGCUUCCCCGUGCCGCGGUACAUCGACACCGAGCACGGGGGCUCCCAGGCCCGUUUCCUGCUAUCGAAGGUCAAUCCAUCUCAGACGCACAACAACAUGUACGCGUAUGGAGGGGCGAUGCCGAUGCCGUCAGCGGAUGGCGGAGCCCCCGUCCUCACGGAUGACGUGUCGCUGCAGGUGUUCAUGGAGCACCUCAAGAAGCUGGCCGUGUCGUCCACCGCCUAGUCGCGCAGACGGUCCACAGCCUUGUAGAAAAGGGCAGGGGCCAUUUCUCGAAUGGUAUUAGUCUAAUAUUAUUAGUGUGUUGCCAUGGUAACCCAUACGAUUUGACAGUUUGUGGACUAAUAUUAUUAGUCUAAUACCGUUCGAGAAAUGGGCCCCAGUUCGUGGACUGAUAAUAUUAGUCUAAUACCGUUCGAGAAAUGGGCCCCAGUUCGUGGACUGAUAAUAUUAGUCUAAUACCGUUCGAGAAAUGGGCCCCAGUUCGUGGACUGAUAAUAUUCGUCUAAUACCGUUCGAGAAAUGGGCCCCAGUUCGUGGACUGAUAAUAUUAGUCUAAUACCGUUCCAGAAAUGGGCCCCAGUUCGUGGACUGAUAAUAUUAGUCUAAUACCGUUCGAGAAAUGGGCCCCAGUUCGUAGACUGAUAAUAUUAGACUAAUACCGUUCGAGAAAUGGGCCCCAGGUCUUUAGGGCAAGUAGCAGUACCUACUGUCUCCUUCAUCUCCCACAGAAACUGCUUUACUGGUCUGGUUGCUUUAGAGGUAGGGGGGAAAUGGUAUAAAGGAGCCGGAUUUUGAAAAAGCCCCAUGCAUUAUUUCGGUAAUUUCAGGACGAAUUUUCUGUCAAAUAUUUGGAGGCGACGAAAAAUCUGUCACUUUAAAAAUAAAAGCUCGUACAAAACUCGUUCUGAAGCUACUAAAAUAAUGCCUCGCUCUCUUUCAUGCCUCUUCUCCCCUAUAUAAAGAUAUACUUGUUUCUUUGAAUUUGUACGAAUGUGAGAAAAUAUGUUACUGCUGGGACAAUACUUAGAAGAUUUAUUUAACCAAUGCAUCAUCUAUCAACAUGCUGCUCUUCUUUCCAAGAUCGCUGCUAGUUAAGUUAAAUUUUGUAUUCUCCAUUAUAAAUUAAAACAAAUGUUUAUGAAAUGAUUAAAUGAUUUAUUUUAAGAAAAAAUA